AUGAACUUCAGGAAACUCACAAACUUCUGGAGAAAGGGUGGUACGAAGGGUGCCGAGAACAGAGACCAUGGCAACUCCACUUCUCUGCAAGGAGCUCCAUUACAUCAACAGCAGCAGCGAGCGCAAGGGCAGGGCGCCAUGGGACCCUUUGAAAACAAGCAGGCCGCAUUGCAGUAUAUUGUCGGUCUUUUGGAAUCUGCCGAGAGAAAUGUUUUACCCAUGUCCUGCACACACUCUAAGAAGGAUUGCACGGGUUCCGGGAUGAUCACGUGUGCCGCAACAGCAGAGUCGUCAGCUAGUGUAGUGCCAACUUGUUGUGGAAACUCCACGAAGGAGUACAUGCAUGCAUUGAGGCGUGAACGGGAGGAGAUGCUGGCCGCGCUUGAACUUUGUCUUCUUGCAGUACCAGAGGAGGUGACAGGGAAGACUGGUGUCUGUGAGACGAGAGGCGCAGCAGAUGCUCAGGCAACUGCAGUGGAUUGCUCCGAAGACCAGGCAGCGGUGUCCGAGGAGCCUGCGCUAAUGCCUGAGGUGCCGAAUAACGAUCUCCAGGAUAAUAAUGACGCAAGGAUCAUUACACAAGAAGCCUGGCGGUGGUUAUUGCAUCGAAUAGUUAAACUACUCUUUGAGAUGGACUGUUAUAUUUACGCUGAUGCGAUGAUGCAGUCUCGGCAGUCGUGCUUAAUAACGACGCCGCUUGGUUUAUCUCCUCCAACACCUUCCAAGGUGCCUUCUGAUCGCCCUAAGGCCUCUCUGACAGCUCUUGUGAUAGACGACGGCGAGAUUCCAGCUUUUGAAGCCGUUCAACGAGCGACCCCGUCUAAAAAAGGGGCGUCACUCACUAGUUCUAAAAUGAUUGGAGAAGCCAACAAUGAGGCCAAACUGAAUAAGUUCCGGAACAAUGAGGAGAAGUUGGCUUUAGUCAACUCCCUCACCACAUGGAUCAUUAUGCAAGACAUCUUGCAGCACCAACUUAGGCAGCAAGAUUCUUUUGUUUCCUUAUCCGUCGAGCUUCUAUCACCAGCUACUGAAAAAAAGACGGCAUCUGCUAUUUCAGUGCAUUGGGAGAACGUAGUCGAAGAUCUUAUGAGGGCCUUGGGAACCAGCCAACGAAAGACUGCAGAAGUUGUCAUAUCACUCUGGAUGUUGCAUGAUGCUUCCGGUAAUGAACUUGUUCAGUGUAUUCUACAAUACCCUCAGUGCCACGUCAGUACCUUGCCAGAGGGUAAGCCGCAGGUUCCAUCAGAUACAGCCUUGGUGAACAAAACUUCUGAGGGUCAAACAGUCCAUCAACACACUACUUCAUUAAUGGAACGCGUCGUUGAUGCCAUUGCGCUGGAUGACCUUUUGGAGGAGGUGGAGAAUGUGUAUGAACAAAGUGUCGUCCUGACCUGGGUGGCCUAUAUCGAAGAGCAGUCAUCUGUUUCAAUGAUACCGAAGACAAAAAAUCAGGAUGUUAUUUUACCCUUGUUUGAUCUUUGUCAUUGCCAUAAUAUGGCCGCCUAUGCCAUAUGUUCGCCGUACUGGAAUGAGGAGAAGCGGCAAGAAACGUUGCAGUUACUCCGAAAAGCAUGGGAUGAAAUGCAUGAACCAGCUGUAGUGACCGAGACGAAUAACGAGCGUCAUUCCGCCCCUGUCGAGUUACUUGAGUUCCGAAGCAUCUGUGUAGAUGUGUACGGUGGCGUCAAUACUGCUCUCUCAGUGGUGGGAGGCGGGGUUAAUGGCAGCGACGUUUUGCCGGAGGACCAACAUAAGACGUCAUGCGUGUCUCAGUUAUCACCGGAGAGAGUAACAACUGUAAGUGAUGUGGAUAUUCAGUCUUCCCGCACAUUAUCAAUGCAUUGCAUGCAUGCAAACUGCACACGGACCGCUAUGUCAAUGGCUGGAUCCAGGCAUUCAGCGUUUGAAGAAGAUUUGUUGCCGUUUGUGACGCAGCAACUAUGGGUCGUUGUUUUGCACCUGCGUGUAGAACAGUGUUUAAACAUCUCUACUCCACGCCUUCAGGAGGCAGAACUUUGCGCGCAUGAGGAAGGUGAAUUCUCACUGGCGGGUUGCUCGUUUUCUUGCAGACAAAGUGCUCGCGAGUCCCUUGUGAAGCUACGCAUUGCCACUGGGAUUUAUCCUGACGCUCUCAAGGCUGCCCAUGCUCAUUUUGCCCAUGCCAAGAAGGAAUGGUUAUACGGGAAGAAGGGCUGCGGAUGUGGCUUGAAAUAUUUGAACUCCAUGGUGCUGCUAGCACAGGUGCAGGAAGUGUCUCGCAUGGACACCUCGAUUCUUGAAACGGUCCAGCUCGCCCUUCCACAGGCUGAACUUUGUGAACAGGCGUUUCAUGAGUUUACCUCGGCAUCUGGCGCGUCUGUGGUGCGCCACGCUGCACUUCAACAUGGCGUUCGUUGUGCAAAGCUUUUCCUUCUUCGGACCAUCUGGCGUGCCUACCACCGCAUGGAUGACACCACCAACACUGCCAAGUACUUUGAACAGUACUUGGAGUGUGUAAAAUGUGUUCGUCGGUCACGCCGAAAUGAGGACAUGUACGCUGCAUUGAAGGAAAGGGGCGAACAACUUAAAGUGGAGAAACAAUACGGCAGCGUGGUGCUAGCCUUUCAACAGGCAGUUGAAUGCGCAAAGAGUAUGUCCCAGGUCUUAUCAACAGCACUACCCGCAACAGCAGCAGCAACAACAACGGUAGCGAAGGUAACGGGAACGGGUCCCGAUGCUACUGUUCCUGAUGGGACAGAUUCAGGCUGUUUAAAUGCAAAAGAGCGCGAGGUGGACGCGCUUCGCCGCGAGGCGGAAAGCGAACGCAACCUCGCCCUUGCCUACGUGUUGCAGGCGGAGCACGAAGUUAACGUCCGGUGUCGCCGUCAGCAGCUCAGUAAUGCGGUAAACAGCGCGUAUGCAGCGCAAAAUGCGCUGCAACGCUGCAUCUCUAAAGUGAAGCCCCCCUCUAGUCGCACACUGGUCGACGUCACCGCUUCCCUCGUCGUGGCCGCAAGGGCACUGUUGCGUCUUGGACAACCCAAGAAGGCCGCACUUCUACUGGAGCCGCUCAUUGAGGACAAAUUGAACUCAGCCUCUGUCCGCCCACCUUUGUGGUCCGAUGCGUUACCGGAUCCCACGCAGCUCAUCUCAGCCCGGGAUCUGGAGGAGCGCAUAGAGACACUCCAGUUGAAGUUCAAAGCGUAUGAUGUUCAUACACAGUGUUUAAGCAAGUUUGACGGGGAACGCGCAUGUCGCGAAAUCACACGUGUGCGAAUUUUUUUGAAAGAAGUGAAACUGUGGGCAAGCACACAGCUUUCGAUCUUUCAACUUAAGGCGACGGUCUUGAAAGAGGAAUUUCAGACAAUGCUGUUUGUGAACAAACGACUUCUUACUGAAACCUUGCUUACGGUGAAUGCACUGCAGCCUACUAUUACGAUCACUUGUGGUGAUGCCUGGGCCAUGCUAGGUGAAUGGGAAAAAGCACUGCAAGAAUAUUCAAACGCUCUUGCCAUGUAUGCUGAUAGGCAUGGUGAAAACAUGCAUGGAUAUACCAAUAGCAGUAAAUCGUAUCUGAUAGACACUGAAAAGGAACGGGAAAGAGUAUGGAAUAAUUACUUUGUAGGGGAGUCACUGGUUUUUGCAAAGCUUGCUGAGGUAUACUCCGCGCUAAAAAAGCCUAAAACGGCCAUUCACUAUUAUCGUCAGGUUUUGGAUUACGCCUCAGAGGCGGGUGAUGCGCUGUUAUUGUACAACGCCCAUAUCCGACUUGCCAGACUGUAUACAGCUACAGACGAGACUGGGGAGGCGGAAGCGCACUGGGCAAAAGUGAGUGCGCUUGCAAAGGGGUAUGAGGAUCAGGAGAUCAGUCGUGAAACCAUGCGCAACAUCAUUGCUGCGCAACGUGCGAAAUGCAAGUAUGCGGAUGUGAUUAUUACGGCAAAGGAAUUGGAUACAUUGGCAUCCGGCGCGGAGGGUGUGGACGCUGCUGCAGAUAAACGCUUUGCGCUGGAGGCCCUGGCUGGCGCUUACUUGCAUCUUGGACAGUACAAGGAAUGUAUUGAAGCCCUUGACGAACGGGAAAAAGUCCAAUGCAACUGUCGGCAAUGGAAAGGAAUCUUGUUUAAUACACGAGCUCGUGCUCUUCUUGGAGAUGGAGAGGUACAAAAGGCGAUUAAUGUGCUCAUGAUUUGGGACAGUGAAGCACGUCAGGCGCGGAAUUUGGUUGAAGUGGGGCAUGCCAAUGCCGUUCUUGCCCUGGCAUAUGCCACAUGUCAACGGAUUUUUGAGGCGAAGCGGCAUCAUGAAAUUGCUCUUUCAGCCUUUUCAAAGGUUUCAAAGAUAAAUUCAGAGGAUCGCAAUGCGGUAGCAGACUCGGCACGCUGGCUUGUGCACCAUUUUUAUCUGAACGACGAGGAAGUGCUGCUUGUAGAGAAGACCAGUCGCCUCUCCAGCAGCAAGGCCAACCCUGGGACAUCCUCUGCUGUUAGCAAUAGCGCAACUGGUGGCGAUGAGUUUCAGGUGAAAGCUGUGAGUGGGGAUCUUAAUGUUCUUAUGCGGGAGGAAGAAAAACGUCUAAGGAAAGUACAGGAGUUCGCUGGUGUAAGUGGUAAUAGCACUGGCACAUAUGCCUUACGAGAAGAGGGGGAUACCGAGGGGUUUUGUUUUAACGGCGACAACGAUGACGAUGAUGAUGAAGAAGUAGUGUCAAAUAACUCCUUCGAUUCAGAUCUCAUCGCCAUUCUUGACGGUGGGACUCCCGCAACCACCAGCAACAGCAAAAAGGUGACGCUGACGCGCACGGGUCGGAUAGACGACAUUUCAGCUCCUGUCGAGAAGUCCACUGCACGAUCGGUAGCAUCCACGGCAUCGACAACAACGCCGCACCUGCGGUCCCUUACGACCUCGAUUGCAAAGGUCUCGCUGUGUAAACGCCCAGCAUUUGUAGAAGGCGAGAUUGUUGCAUCACCUGAGCGGGCUCAAGUGGAUAUUGCGGAGACCGUACUAGAACCUCCAUCCUCUGCAGAUACAAGAGUACAGACACUUUGUUUUAGCCGGGCUCUAGAGAUCAUAGAAACAGUCACGCAGCUGUCACUCAUGCCACUGCAGAUGCGUCAGCGCUUAAUUCCACGCAACCCAGCUGACGCGGUUGACCUUGCUCUCUUGGCAUUUCCGCGAUGCACGUUUGUAUUUUACUUUUUGGAGUUCGCCACGCAAUAUGUUGCCAUUGUUCGCCCCGCCAGACGUUCUUUUUUUCUUAGACGCUCUGUGCAGGCAUACGCCCUGAAGGAUUUUCACAAGAAACAGCUGGCACCGUCUUCAACACGAGAAGCAGCAUCUUUGGCAUGCGCUGACUCGUUACUGUAUUCAUCGGGAGAACGUAAGGAAAAUCGACUCUCGGCAAUUGCCUCCUCACUUGGUUCAUUUACACGACGAAGUCGGGCUGGUUCUGUAGAUGUCUCAUUGGGUAUACCAGAUCUAGCGGCCGAAUCAGCAGUUGCAAACGAGGAAUUCCAGCAAUGCUUGCAUGAUCUGCAUGAAGAUCUCUGGUCCCCUAUUCGAGGCACGCUCCGCAUGGCUCACUGCUUUAAUAAUGAGGCUGAAUGUUUUGUUUUUAUUCUUGACCCGACUUUGCUGCACGUUCCUUUCCCUGCGCUGCAUGGCUCUGGUGUGACCGCUGAACCCUUGGGCCAGCAGUUCACAAUGGUCGUGGCACCAUGUGUUGCGCAAUUUCUUAGCAGCAUGCAGCACGAGGAAGAUCCAUGCUUCCUUAACGCCCCACAGGAAGAUAUCUGUGUGUUUCUCCCAGAAAAGACGGUGCGCUGCAUAUCAUUAGUGGAUUCUGUGUCGUCAGGGAACCUGCGAGCAGAUGUUGUGGCCUCUCGUAAGUCAUCGGUGGCAACUACGAGGAGCUCUGUCACUGCCUCGCUGGAUGGCCCGCAUCUCGGUUCUGCAGCGGCGCAUCAGAGCCCAGAGAAAUGCCGCCACUGCACUUUUUAUCACUGGACCUCAUUUACUGGAUGUACGCGUAAGGAAAUAAUAUCGGCCUUCUCGUCACCUUCGGCCCGGGCCUUAAUGGUGCUGUGCGAUCCUGUUAAGCACAUGUUUAAAGUUGCCGAUGGCAUGGUGCGUUUGGAAGAUCUGACACGCGGCCGUCCGUAUCUCUCGGAGUCGCUUAAUCUUGUAGUUGUUACGAAUGAUGCCUCUAUUGCCACAUCGAUUGAGGAGCCAGGAGUGGCGGCACGACUAUGCCUUGAUCAUGGCUGUCGCCGCGUCCUACGGAUCGAUCUUUUGUCUGGUGCGAGUAUCACGGAGGACCAUCAGCGGCUUGUUCUAAUGUAUCUCGAGAAGCUUCGGCUUGCGCUUGAGUGGCGUAUGCGUUACCCAUACGCACUGGCGUUGCGCAUGACACAGGAGGCAGCGCGGCGUUUACAGUUUCCCCCGCUUAUUUGGGCUUCACUUACGCUGGUUGGGGCAUCGUGA